AUGGGUAGAAACGAAGGGAUUAGGAGGAAUUCAACCGUAAUUUGUGCACCGAUAAUGGCGGAUACGGUGGAUCAGAUGUUGAUUCAAAUGAAUUUGGUGAAAUCUUAUGGUGCUGACCUCGUUAAAAUCCGAUUGGAUAGCUUGAAAGGGUUUAACGCUCGGGAGGCUAUCCAAACCCUAGUCAAUCUUAGUCCUCUUCUAACGCUUUUCACUUAUAGACCAACAUGGGAACGUGGUCAAUACAAUGGGGAUGAAGAGAGUCGAUUGGAUGCUCUGCGUUUAGCAAUGGAGCUAGGAGGUGAUCACAUCGAUGUUGAGCUUCAGAUUCCUUUCUCCUUCUCUAAAAUAGAUUGA